AUGCCUCCUGUUGGCCCUCGAUCCGGUGACGCAAUCUUCGCUAACGUUGAACGCGUGAAUGCGGAGCUGUUUACGUUGACGUAUGGUGCAAUCGUGCGCCAGCUGCUCACGGACCUUGAGGAGGUUGAAGAGGUUAACAAGCAGCUCGACCAAAUGGGCUAUAAUAUUGGAAUUCGAUUAAUCGAUGAGUUUCUCGCAAAAUCUAAUGUAUCUAGAUGUGUUGACUUCAAAGAAACUGCUGAAGUGAUUGCAAAGAUUGGUUUUAAAAUGUUCUUGGGGGUCACUGCAUCUGUUACGAAUUGGGAUGCUGAUGGAACAUGUUGCAGCAUUGUUCUGGAGGACAAUCCUCUGGUAGACUUUGUUGAGCUUCCAGAUACUUGUCAGGGUCUGUACUAUUGCAACAUCUUGAGUGGAGUUGUAAGAGGUGCCUUAGAAAUGGUAUCAAUGAAGACUGAAAUCAGUUGGAUCCGUGAUAUGCUUCGAGGUGAUGAUGCAUUUGAAUUGCAAGUUAAACUACUCAAGCAAGUUCCAGAAGAGUACCCAUACAAAGAUGAUGAGUAA